AUGGGUGGUCCCCCUCAUGGACUUGAACCCCCCUACCCUGUGACUGUUACCCCGCCAUGCUCCCCUGAGCUACAGAAGGACCACUGUGACUGUGACCCCCUCCCCUCGUGUGACUGUGACCCCCCUCCCCCUCCCCCCUCGUGUGACUGUGACCCCCUCCCCCCCCCUCGUGUGACUGUGACCCCCCCCCCCUCAUAUGACUGUGACCCCCUCCCCUCAUGUGACUGUGACCCCCCUCAUGUGACUGUGACCCCCCUCCCCCCCUCAUGUGACUGUGACCCCCCUCGUGUGACUGUGACCCCCCCACCCCCUCAUGUGACUGACCCCCCUCAUGUGACCCCCCACCCCUCAUGUGACUGUGAUCCCCCCCUCGUGUGA